AUGGUGCUUCGAAUGUUAAAGAAAAUUCAUGACAAGAUUAUUAGAAGGCUGCGAUUUACAAUGGACGUCCCACUUGAGGUAUUUGAAGUGACCUUAUGUCACAUCAUUCAAAGCAACAAUUUUGGUCACCGGUUUGAGGAAAUGCUAGCCUACAUCAAAGUUUCCAUUACAGAUACGAGGAAGGCAGUAUUCAUUUUUAAAAAAAUGAACGUAGACUGUGUUAUCGUGUCCCGUGCCAAGCUUCUGAAGAGGUCUUUAGGAAUCUCUGAUGAGUUAGAGAGGUGCGAGGUGGUUAUCAGUGAAGAAAAACCCCUGGUACUGAAAUACCACAAGAACAAUGAGGUCUUAUCUGUGUAUUUUUGUUAUGGGUACUGGAACCAGUAUGGUAUCCCACAGCAUUAA